AUGAAGCUCCCGCGGCACGAGGCGGAGGCCGCUGAUGCUGGCUCACCUAUUGAUAAUGUUGAGGCUGGGACGGCGGCGGUGAUUGCGGAGAAAGAGGAGAGGGGGGAGAGGAAGUUGGCGCGGUCGUUGCAGGGACGGCAUAUGCAGAUGAUUGCGAUUGGCGGCUCUAUCGGCGCCGGCCUCUUCGUAGGCACCGGCGGCGCGCUGCGAACCGGCGGACCAGGCUCGCUCCUCGUCGGCUUCCUGAUCAUCGGCACCAUGAUGAUGUGCACGGUGCACGCGCUGGGCGAGCUCGCCAUCCUCUACCCCGUCAACGGCGCCUUCUACGAGUACGCGGUGCGCUUUAUCGACCCGGCAUGGGGCUUCGCCAUGGGGUGGGAGUACGCGAUCGGGUGGAUGGUGACGCUGCCGUUUGAGAUUACGGCGGCGGGCAUCACGCUCGAGUUUUGGAAGAGCCGGGAGGAGGUGAGUCCCGGGGUGUGGGCGGGCGUGUUCAUGGGCGCGUUGAUUCUCGUGCAGUUGUUUGGCGUGCGGGGGUAUGGCGAGGUCGAGUUCGUCCUCGCCAUCAUCAAGAUCCUCGGGUGCAUCGGCUUCAUCAUCCUCGGCAUCGUCAUCGACUGCGGCGGCGUGCCCACCGACACGCGCGGCUACAUCGGCGCGCGCUACUGGCACGAUCCGGGCGCCUUCCGCAACGGCUUCAAGGGCUUCUGCUCCGUGUUCGUGACGGCGGCGUUUUCGUUCGGCGGCACCGAGAUGGUCGGGCUCGCGGCGGCCGAGGCCAAGGACCCGCGCCGUUCGCUGCCAAAGGCUACCCGGCAGGUGUUUUGGCGCAUCGCGCUGUUCUACGUCUUGAAUGUGUUUGUCAUGGGCUUGGUGGUGCCGUCGGAUAGCGAUGUGCUGCUUGGUGCCAGUGGCGCGAACACCAAGGCGUCGCCGUUUGUGCUGGCGGUCCAGUUGGCGGGCAUCAAAGGGCUGCCGCACGUCAUCAACGCGAUCAUCACCCUCGCCGUCCUCUCAGUCAUAAACAGCUGCACGUACGGCAGCACGCGCGUGCUACAAGCGCUCGCCUCCUCCGACCGGGCGCCCCGCAUCUUCGCGCGCCUCGACCGCGCCGGCCGCCCAGUGUACUGCAUCGCACUGCAACUAGCCGUCGGGCUGCUCGCGUUCCUGACGCUGGCCGCCGACGCGCAGACGGUGUUUUCGUGGCUGCUGGCCGUGACGGGGCUGAGCGGGCAGAUAACGUACGCGAGCAUCCUGCUGGCGCAUCUACGGUUUCGGCGGGCGUGGCGGCUGCAGGGGCGCGGGCUGGAGGCGUUGCCGUGGCGAAGCGGGCUUGGUGAGGCGGGGAGCUGGGUCGGGUUGGUGCUCGUGGGGUGUAGUCUUGCGGCGAUAUUUUACUCGGGGCUGUUUCCCAUCCACGAAUCCCCCAACGCAGCCGCUUUCUUCCAGUCGUACCUCGCGGCGCCGAUCACGCUGUCGCUGUUCCUGUUCUGGAAGGCGUAUACGCGCGACUGCGGGCUGGGCGUCGACCUGCGGACCGUGGAUCUGGAUUGCGGGAGGCGGAUGGAGGAGGAGUUGGAUCCGGUGGAUGGGGAUGCCGAAGGAGUUGAGGAGGGCAAGGGGAAAAAGAGCGUGUGGCGGAGGGUGCUAAGGGUUGUGUUCUAG